GUCUUUAGGGCUGACUCUUAUUUCACCACCAAAUUCAACUAAUUCUUUAAAGAUGUGGCGAAGAGAAGUUGUGACAAAUAUCGGAAUAAAUUUAAGCCGCUCCACGAUAUUGUCCCGGAUGAUCUGCUAUGUAUUCGGAAAUUAACUAAACAUGAUUAAAUAAGUGAUCAGGAUGUCCUGUAUAUACCUUUUACUUUGUAUAAUCAUUGUAAAUCAAACUUCAGUUCACUGCAACAUUUCGAAAUAUAAAAGCAACUCCACUUCUAUUCCAACAACGGCAUCAAGACGACAAAGUAAAUUUUUAUUUGACUCCAUUUUUCGGAUUGGUUCUGGUAUUUCGAAUGUAUUUGGUGAGGAAACAGCCGAUGUUGAAGAUUACGAAGAUAUUUAUAUAGAACAGUGCGAAUGCGAUUGCGGAUUUUCUAACGAAGAAAUACGUAUUGUGGGAGGAAGACCAACAGGAAUUAAUCAGUACCCAUGGAUGGCUCGCAUUGUGUAUGAUGGAAAAUUUCACUGUGGUGGUUCUCUUUUAACAAAAGAUUACAUAUUAACGGCGGCUCAUUGUGUAAAAAAAUUGCGAAAGUCUAAAAUUCGUGUUAUAUUUGGUGAUCACGAUCAAAAAAUAACUUCAGAAUCUAACGCUAUACAGAGAGCUGUUGCGAGUAUAAUAAAGCAUAGAAAUUUUAAUCCGGAUACAUAUAAUUAUGACAUAGCUUUGUUGAAACUGCGGAAACCAAUAGUAUUUUCGAAAAUAAUAAAGCCCAUAUGUUUACCCCGUUUUAAUUACGACCCCUCAGGUCGUAUUGGAACUGUUGUUGGUUGGGGGAGGACUUCAGAAGGAGGAGAUUUGCCAGCAAUUAUUAACCAAGUGAAAGUUCCGAUAAUGUCAAUAAUGGAAUGCAGAAAUCAGAAAUAUAAAAGCACUCGAAUUACAUCUACAAUGCUUUGUGCAGGACGAACUAAUAUGGAUUCCUGCCAAGGUGAUAGCGGCGGCCCACUUAUUCUAUCUAAUGGAGUAAAGUACUUCAUAGUGGGUAUUGUAUCAUGGGGUGUGGGAUGUGGCAGAGAAGGGUAUCCAGGUGUUUACACAAGAGUUAGUAAAUUUAUACCAUGGAUAAAAUCUAAUUUAAAAAAUACAUGUCUAUGUUCUUAAACUGCAUUAACUUGAAUUUUGCAUUAAGUAUAAACGAAAUAAUAUAAAAUAAAUAAUAAUGUUUGGCUCAUUCCAAAAAAAAAAAAACAUUGUUUUGAGGUAACAUGUUU